AAAACUUCAACCCCACAACGGUAGCGAUAGGCGACGCGCCGAUGGCGACGUGACGUCAUCGGUAUGCGACAGGAAUUCGACACCGAAGACGCGAUGGCGGAGUCUGAGACAAAGAAGAUUAUUAAGUUGGUCCCUGAGAACCUUCUUAAGAAAAGAAAAGCGUAUCAGGCGAUUAAAGCCACUCAAGCCAAGCUCGCAUUACUCGAGAGAAGAAAGACAAAGAAAGGACAGUUGAAGUUCAAGCGCCUGGAGGAAUAUCAUAAGUACAGCAGGAUAAAGCAGAGAGAUGAUGUACGUCUGGCGAGAUUCAAGCACAGACCUCCUCCUGCUCUUCCUCCAGCCAAGAACAGCCUGGUGUUUGCUGUGCGCAUUCGACAGAUUAAAGGUGUCAGUCCAAAAGUGAGGCAGGUCAUUUGCAUGUUCAGGCUGCGCAAAAUCUUCAGUGGUACCUUUAUUAAAGUCAGCAAGACCUCGAUGAACAUGCUGCGAGUCAUCGAGCCCUACGUUGCCUGGGGAUUUCCUAAUUUGAAGUCGGUUCGUGAGCUCAUCUUGAAAAGAGGCCAGGGCAAGGUUGAUAAGAGAAGGAUUCCUCUUACAGACAACACCGUCAUUGAGAAGUAUUUAGGCCAGCAUGGGAUCAUAUGUUUGGAGGACCUCAUCCAUGAGAUCUACUCAGCUGGAAAGAAUUUCAAGGUAGCGAACAGCUUCCUCUGGCCCUUCCAUUUGUCUGUUCCCCGACAUUCCGCCAGAGAUAAAGCUGGCCUUUUGAAAGACAUGGGCGAGCCAGGACCUCGAGCCGAGGACAUUAACAGAGUGAUCAGGAAAUUUAACUGAGCCUCUCUAUGUGGGAACUUGGACAAACUGUACUGUUUUAUGGAGAGUUAUUGGCUUUCCUGCCUUUCCCUUUCCCAGUUCUGGCAUAUAUUUCAACUCCUUACCCUAGAAAAGAAGGACUGGACCAGAGUUUUUCUUCACCAGUGUGUAAUGACUGAAAAGCUAAAAUGUUCUGUGUCGCAGGCCACAGUGUUAUUUAAUUCUGUGCAGCAAGUUUUAUAUUAAAGCAAAUGUUAGUUUAUUAUAAAUGGUAAUCACAUGGCAUUUGAGUGUCUGUGUUUAAACCCAAUUCGCCAGCUCCCACUCCUUCAUCUCUUAGUGUCUCACAGUCUGGGAUGGUUCAAGACUGCUAGCAUGUGCCUCCUCAGCCACUAGAUUUCACCACAGAGCAGCGGAACACACUGACAAAAGUGCUAACUGCCCUCUUCUGCAUCCACGAGCUCACACACAGUUCGUAAGUUGUUCUGGGAGUAACGUUGACCCUCACAUGCAAGCAUCAGGGCCACUUUUACUCUCUUGGACUCUGGGCUUGUGACAUCAGCAUUCCAACUUGCAAUCACAAUCGAAUAGUCUGUCUUUUUUAAUGUCAAUAAAAUAUUGUAAAAAUACAGAAGAAUACAACUACAGUUGAAAGGUGGGAUUUAUGGACAGUUGCAUGACAGAUGUUUAUUUCCCAUUGUUUUGCCCAAUAAUAUCAGACUAGACAUCAGUUCAUGUGUUUCAAUCCCUGCAGACUCUGUCCUCCCUACUUCCAUAUCCUGUUUUUUUUUUUUUUUUUUAAAUAAAGUUAAUUGAGUGUUUAUUCAAUAAGAAAUUACAAGUAGAUGGAUGUAGGGGGCUGGACCUUUUCUCAACCUCCCACGUUUGUCGCUAAUUAUUAGUGCAUUGUCGCCAUGCAUACGUUUUCAUUUUAUUAAAAAGCAGUGACCUCUACAA